AUAUUUUUUUCAUUGUGUUGGCAAGAAGAGAAUUUUCUGAAAUUCCAAUGAAAAUCUGAAGUUGAUGCCAAAAUCGGGUUGGAUAUGAUGUGAGACAUUAAAAUGAUGUCUAUGCCAAAGCAAAGACUUGAUUUUCGACAUGGGUUCAUGAAACAAAUCGUCAAGAACCAAAUAGACCGUGACAAUUACGACAAAGAAGUUAAGAUGGCCAAAGAGUGUGAGAAAAGUAAGACAAAAAGAGAAAGACAUGGAGGUCAAUCAAACAGGAAACCUGAAAUAAUGACUUAUGUUCCACCAUCUAAACAAGGAAAAGAUCCUAAAAAUGAGUUGUUUAUUUUGGAGUUUGAGGAUCAAGAUGGAGAAAUACAUUCUGCUAUGGUCUAUAAGAAUGAUAAUCCUGAAGAAGUGGCCAAGAAGAUUGGCUAUGAUAGUAAUUUAACACCACCAUAUAUCACUGCCUUAUCCGAACGUAUUACAGAGGAAAUAAAUAAAAGAUUAUGAUGAUUGUGAUGAAGGUGCAUAGAGCUCCUGACUGAACAGCAUGGUGAAAUUGUUGUGCCAGUAUCUUGGUAGAGUUCAGAUGCAAUUAGCAACAUAAUGAAAGUUUUGAACAGGGCAGAACCAUAUUUGACAAAUUUGAUACAUGGUUAUUAUGACUUGUUACAUUAUUAAGAUAGCUUUCAGGAUACAAACUAGAUAAGUACAGAAUCUCAGAAUUAUUUAUGUGAAGAUGUAUUUUCCAGACUUAUAGAAAGCUACUUUCUUUAAAUGUGUGUGGAAGUAAACAAAGUGGUGCAACUGUCUAUUUAUGCAGAUCUCUAUAUUAUUUUUUGUCAUGUCAUGCUGUGACAGGCUAUCAUUGAUAAAUGAAUGUCUUUCGGAGGAAAAUUUUGCUGAAAAGGAUGUGAGAAUUAUGUCCCUUUGCUCAGUUGUCAUGUUUACAGGGUCAAGUUUUAUUGGCUUCCAUU